AAAACAAGCACUCAGUCUUGUGUCUGUGUGAGAGGGGGAGGGUGUGGAAGGAAGUUGAAUCAGUUGUUAAUCUUGUUUCCUCUGGUCAGUAUAGAGUUGUGAUCCCUGAGUGAGUGACUCAGUUUCUUUGCUGACUCUGUGUGUAAUCACCGACUCACACACACAGGGCAGUUUCAGUUUUCUUUCAAAAGGGAGAAUCGGAAAGUUUGUAGUUCCAGCCAGGCAAAAAAAAAGUUAGUUGAAGUUUCCGUUUGCUCAAAUUCUUGCUUUGUUCAUUCUAAUCUGCCUGGCAGCCUGGCCCAGCCUCUCGUUUGAUCGCUGAAAUGCUGCACUGGCGAGCAGUUUAACACAAAUAAUAGUGGACAGCCAUAUUGUGCUAUGAGUAUGCUUCAUGCAGUGUCUUUAACGCUUUCAAAAUUUCCCUUUAACUCGCUGUAAUCUGACACAGGAAGUUUUAAGAGUUCAGUUGUCAGCGUAGGAGAGCAAAUGCACAGACCAGAAGGAAAUAUCUUCUCAGUGAUAGCAGUCCAAAUUAACUGCAGGACAGAUCGCUUAACAUGAGAAUUUCGAAAAGAAGGACCUUGCUCAAAUACUCUGGGUUCGGAUCGGUUCGGAUCGAUAAGGGUCGUUAAGGAUUGAUCGUUUGGAAAAUGGUGAAGUUGGUAGGGAUUCGGAAGCUGGGCAUCACUCUGCUCAUUCUGGCUUUCCUCACUCUCCUGAUCCUGAAAUUGAACCUCAGUUUCCUGAGCGGGUUGUCUAUCUCCUCUCUGCCCAUCCACAGGCUUUUUGUCAACGGUAGAUUCUACGUGAUGGAAAGCAAUUUGAUCGACUCGCCAACCCGGAAGGUUGAGGAGAGAAUGGAAAUUAAUAUUUUGUCUGAUUCAGCGCGCAAUGUGUCGGUCUUGGUGAAGGCGAGGAUUGUCACUCCAAGUAUAAAGAGCAAGGCAUUCACCUUAAGGAAGACGACAGCCAAACCCAAAAUAGAAGAGAGGAUUGUGAUCUCACCUGAAGCCUCAUUCAAGGGAGACCUUUAUGCUACAGAUGAAACCUACCUUCAUUCAGAAUGUCCCAACAACAUCAGGAAGCGAGUGGCAAACAUAUCCGAGUAUAAAAAGAUCUUCUUGGAGACUAUCCCCGUUCUCCAGUGGAGCAAACAUGCUACGGAGACCGAGUACAAGAGGCUGAGGAAAUAUAACGGCGUUCACGGCUGGAAUGUGAUCCAAUAUGACGAUCUGAAGGAUGCUCUGAGUUACCUGAACACCUCCGCAAACACGGUCAUGUUCGACGACUGGGAGAUGAGGCCAAACAAAAGCUCCAACUGCAUCCGCUGUGCUGUGAUCGGGAACGGAGGAAUCCUGAACAAUUCUAACAUGGGGGAAGAGAUCGAUAAACAUGACUAUGUGUUUCGAGUGAACGGAGCCAUCGUUAAAGGGUUUGAGAAGGAUGUGGGUCGGAGGACCUCCUUUUACACUUUCUCUACGAAUACACUGAUGAACUCCCUCAGUGCCUAUGGUGGUUUGGGGUAUACCAGCCUGCCAAAGUCUGAGGAGACCAGAUAUCUUUUUCUACCGGACCAUGACCGGGAUUAUUACCUGGUGAAAGCUGCCAUAACUCACUCGCUGAUAACCAAGGGUCGCGACGCAUCCAAAAAGCCAGUGAAGUAUUUUGGAAUUAACGCUAGAGCUGAAAAGUUCAAGAUUUACCAUCCGGACUUCCUGCGAUACAUUCGAAACCGGUUUCUUUGGUCGGGUCACUUGAAGCCAACAAAUUGGAAUAUCUAUCGCUCAUCGACUGGCGCAGCUAUGCUCUUAGCCGCUAUGCACACCUGUGACCAGGUUAGUGCGUACGGUUUCAUGACUCCGGACUAUGACAAGUACUCGGAUCACUAUUAUGAUCGGACAUACCACAAGGUGCAUUUCUUCGCGAAUCACAACAUGAAGUUGGAAAUGAAACUGUGGAAAAAGCUUCACGAAUGCGGGCUGAUCAAGCUCUACACUAGGCCCUGAAGAAGUGGAGUGGGGGUGGGUGCAGAGAGGAGCCAUGAGUGGGGUCCCGUCUCAUCCCGUUGCGUCCCGCUCGUCAUCUUGCACUUUGGUAACGUCAGACAACAGACUGCGUUGGAGGGCGGCUGGGUGUACGGUGUCGAGGCAACCGCUCAGAUGUAAUCUCCUGCACCUUCACUCGCUCACCCAUCAACGAACCACUUCUCAAGGAUGUGCCUUAUCCCUGUGUUUAAUGCAGCCUCGCUGCUGUUAGAAGGAGCUGCCUGUUAACAGUACGGAUAUUAUGGAUGGGACAGAUACAAGCCCCGAAUGGGUAGCAGAAUGUUAACGGCUGUGUACACAGGUGUGUUGUGUUCGCGUUUUGUGAUCGGAUUCUGUCUGUGGGUUUUUUGUCUGUUUUUGUGUUUACGCACUUUCAUUUGCAAUUUUUUUUUAGUUGGGUGGGCGGAGGGGAGAUUUGUGAUUGCUGUUGGGUUGAAGAGGGGGCUGCGGAUGGCAGGAUCGCUUGGUUUCUUUUGCGCUCGGGGGUGGUGGAUGAAGGUGUCAGUACCAAGCUACCCCAGGUCAGGUGAACACGACCAGGGCUAUUAGUGGCCAAUUGAAAAAUGUGAGCAGAAUUUUUUUUUCUUAAUGGGUAGCGAGGGGCAUGGGCGAGAUUUCUGCACCGAUGCCCUCGCCAUUCAUUCCGAGACGGGCGCCAUUCUGAAUGCACGUGAGCCACCUGGCCCUGUGACUCUCAACACGUUCCUUCCAAUCACCUACGGCAGUGCUCACCUAUAAAU